CACAGAUAUCCCAAAGAAAUAAGAAGAAGAAUUUAAGCCGCUUAUGGUUAGAAUUUAUAAUCACAAAACUAUUUGAUUUUGUUGUUAGAAUGCAGGAAAUGUAGUAAUAUCCUUGAGAAGUAUGAAUAUUGAAUUGUUUCCUAAAGAUUCGUUGGAGUGAUGUUAUUGUUUAGUUAAACAACUAUUGAUACCAAUAAAACUGAGUCAUAAUUCUACGAAUCCAACUAUCGCCGGAAACGGGUUCCAAUUCAGUAUGGCUAAUGUGGAUUAGGAAAAAUCUGAAUUAGCAUGAAAGAAAUAAAGAAUUUGAAAGACAAAGGGUCAAAUAAACGAAAAUUCUUCAAUAGUUGAUACUUUUUGGUGCACUGGUUUUACAUUGAGCAAUGAUGCUUUAUUUUCAAAUAGGAUUCACUUUUAUUCUACUACUUGCUGUGCUAGAAGUACAUGCAAAUGUUAACGUUACUGUGAAAGUUAAUAAAUGUUGCGAAGAAAAUGAGAUAUAUUUGGGUCGAUACUGUAUGAAGGUAAAUAAAACCAAUGAAGAAUGGAGGCCUCUCUUUACAACUGAUAAAGGCAUUGGUAAUCUGCAGACCAACUACACAUUAGUUACAGGAUUACCAGACUGUGGACAUAUGCAGUUAUGGCCCAUUUACCAUUAUCAGAAUUCAACGGAUCGUUUGAGACUAUUACCCAAUGGUAUCUUGAGACAUUACUUUGAUCAUUCUGAAGUUCCUGGUGAUGAAUUAGACUCAGAAGUCACUAAUGUUGGAGGACCAUUCCAUGACUACGAAUAUGGAAAAUAUUGUUUAGAUAAGAAAAUAGAUGGCCUCAGGAGCGAAUUCGCUUGGGUUUGUGCCCCUGAAGUUCACACGCAUUGGUUGACAAGUACCGAAUUUCUGAUGCAUAAUGUCAUCAGCCCUGCCACACACGGUAUUUCCAUAGCAUGCCUCCUUGCCAUAGCCGUUAUCUACUUUGUAUUGCCAACUUUACGUGAUCUAACAGGAAAUAUUGUUACGACAAUAUGCAUGUGUCUUAUAGUGAGUCAAACUGCUGACUUGAUAAGACUGUUGACGGUUUUCAAGAGUCAUAUUAGCUUGCUCAUUGCAGAAACAAUAUGCUAUUUGAGCAUGCUCGGUGCCUUUUUUUGGUUGAAUAGUAUGGGUUACUAUAUUUGGAAAACUUUCAGAUCAAGGAAUGUAUUUUUAAGAAUUACAGAUGGAAAAAAGUAUUGUUACUAUUGCAGCUAUGCUUGGUCGUGUACUAUAGUUUUGGGAUUUCUAGCAGUUUUUGCACAUUUUACAAUGGACUAUCCUGACGUACAGUACACACAAAACUUAACCUUUGAUCAACAGAGAGAGCAAAUAGGUUCUUUGGGUCUCAUCAUAUUCUUCGUACCUGUAGCUUUCACUGUAAUUGCUGAUGUAUUUUUUUUUGCCACUACUAUGAAAACAAUAAAUAAAAUGCACACAUAUGGAAGAAUCCACCAUAAACUACGUCACAGCUUUCGGAUGUUUAUUCUACUACUGCUUGUUAUGACUCUCUGGUGGCUGUUCUUCCUGUCAUCGUUUUCUAAAUAUGAAGGGCUAGUCAACUGCCACAUAAUCAUUAAUGCCUUCCAAGGACCCCUUGUGCUCUACGUCUGCAUCUUCAAUCAGAAACACGUUGCUUACCUAAUUCAGAAAAUGUGUUGUUACAAAACAUUUCCAUGUUGCCAGCCUGAUCCUGAAACUGAGUGGGGAGAUGAGAUGACAGCCAUGAACACAAUAAACAAUUGCUGAUUAAGUUGAACACGAUUUGAAACUGAAUAAAGAACUUGAGUCAGUUUAUGUAUUGUAAUAAAGGACUUCUACAGGGUACCGAAGCCAGUGAAGUAUUUUGCUCUCUCCGCCCUUAACAAAUAGGUUGAUCGGGUAACAUUUUUAGAGUACUCGAAUACAAUUUACGAAAUAAUUUAUAUAGACAAUAAGACAAAUUAACCAAUACAUAUUCUUGUGUGAGGUAGUGAUACUGAUUGCAGCUGGUUACUACUUUCAUUACUUCUCUCGAGUUAUAUUAAACAGAAAUUUGUUUAGAAUAUUUUUGACAAAUUGUCGAAGACAUGCUUUUCUCUUAACAAAAUUCAGGGGGAUCUUGAAGGAAAUAACCAGUUUUACAUUAGGUUUUUCAAGUGUAUAACCUAAUGUUUUUAUUUGAUAUUAUGAAUUACUUGUGGCUGUGAUUUGGGACGGAAAAACUGUCAUGGACUGAUGGUUUCAAAUAUUUUCCAUAUUGAUGCAGUGUUGAGUAUGAGAAAUUGUACAGUGAAAAAAACAAAAUCAGACAAGAAUAUUUUCUAAUAUUGAUGCAGUGUUGAAUAUGAGAAAUUGUAUAGU